AUGCAAUAAAACAUUAAGGAAAUUAUUGCUCGAUUAAAUGAUCAAAGAAAGACAAUGUCAAUUCGUCGCAGAACUCUCAACAAUGAAAACUCUUAGGCAAUCUAAAGUGGAGAUGUCAAACGGAAAUUAUCUACUCUUGAUCCUCCAACUAUGAGUUUGCAAAACUUAGAAAUAGAUUUGAUGGCAUAAGGGAGAAACAAAGAAUUUAAGAAAAUUGGCAAAAAAAGAUAUUAAUUUCAAAAUAAUCAACGUCUAAUGAUGUUAUAUAAUAAAAAGACCACAUACGUUGAAACUCAUCAAUCUAUUCUACCAUUGAUUGACUUUUCUUAAUUUAAUAAUGAUCCUCUACCAAUAGUAUAUCCAAAACAUGACAAAAUGGUUAAGUUUAAGAAGAUAAAUUCAAGAGUAAUUGAAUCGUGA